GGAAAGUUUACAUGGAGCAGCUCACUGAAAUGACAAGACUGGUUUUUAAACUGAAGGAAGUAGAAAACAUCCUCUCAAAGGCUCAUGUCGAAGAGUCAUUUUUCAAGCAAGACCCUAAAAACGCUCUUGUCCAGUUUAUUAAGGCUGUUGGAAAAACUUACAGUGGCCUUCAGACACUCCCUGAAAAAUCUGCCAUGGUAGCAAAGGCUCUGGAAUACUUAGGUGACGUACUGAAGUACGUAAAACCUUACCUGAAGGUAAAAGGACCUCCAGAGGGCCUGCAGCUUACCUACUGGAUCAUAG